GUUUGAACGUGGUAGAAAUUUUAUAUAUAUUUUAAAAAUGUAGAUCUAGAUCUUUAUAGAUUCAAUCAAAGAUUAAUUCUAACCAUGGAACUAUACUAACAUUAGUUUUGAACUAGAUCUCAAUAGGUUACUGAUAUAGUCCACCAAACAACAGUUAUCAAUCGACGAAAUGGACUUCAUCAGUAACUAUUAUAGCGACGGUAAAUCACCACGGCGUGUUAGCUGCAAGAAACAAAACCUGAUUGGAUGCAUCGUGAGAGUCGGCUUCUCAUUACUCUGUGUUGUUUUAAUGGUGAUGGGCAUUUCAAUGUUGGUGAUGUUUUAUGCCAGCCUCAACGUUCUAGGCGUCAUCUUGAGGACUAACUUCAAUCACAGGCUGAGAUAUCCAUCUGCACUUGUUCCUAUCUGGUUUGAGAUUUCAGAUGAUCUAAACUACAACAACUGGCUUAGCCCCUUGAAGUCUGCGUCCUUGACCUUAUUUUUGGUUCCUCUUUUGCAAGGCAUGCUGGGAUCGGUGCUGAUCUGCCAUCCGAAACUGUGGCUUUCUAUCGCCAUUGGAUUUGCCGGAGUUAUAGCGAUCGUAGUGCAGUCGAUUAACUUUGUCCAUCUCUACUACCUGAGCGGCACAACACACCAAACAGCGAUGCGCGAACUGAAGCAGGUUAUACAAGAAAGCUACGAGGUCCUCCCUGGCAAUCCUGAAAGUGCCGCCCUGAACGCUGUCAUGAUUAUGGGCGAAUGUUGCGGAAUCGAAGGUCCGGACGACUUCCUGUCCGUCAAGCUGUCCGUGAACUUCACAGUGGGCGUGAACCCUUUUGAAAAUGUCUCUCUUCCGACGUGGAUGGACCUGGAGUAUGCCAUCCCAUCUCCAAACGUGACUUAUUAUGCAACAUUUAAGCAUCCCCCCGCCUGCUGCAGUGCUUCUAUCUACAGAGUAGUCGACGAGCAGGUCCGCUUUGAACAAGCCGCAAUGUGUGCUACUCAUUUUCAAUCAGAAUAUUUGAUCAGACACGGUUGUUAUUCGCACUACUUCGACACCUAUAUCAAAACGGCCUUUAGGGCUGGCUUCUUAACGUCUUUGGUUAUCGGAAUACUUUGGACGAUAUCAGGUCUUCUAACUCCGUACGUUGUCGAGGAUAUGGUGUUAGACUGACUGCCCUUGCUCCCUACUAGGGAAGUGGAGAACAACUGCAGCUCCAGAGUGGAUCGAGCACUGCGCAAUGCACAGGAAACGAAUCACCGACAGUUCCAGUCUCCCGUUCCCCAUGUUUUGUUUUCUUUGUUUCAGGAUUCGGUGAUACAAGUGACUUACGUUUCAGGACAUACCGAGUGACGUUGUGGCAGUGACUAAGCAUCAAUUAACAAAGACAAAUUUCUCGAGGAAAUAGAUGACAAUGUGGACUUUUGGUCUGUUUGAUGACUGUAAUAAUGACAUUAAAAUGCUCACCCCCUCCCUUUCUCAUAGGUGCUUUUAGCCCAGAUUUAAAAACAGUGACAUAAAUUCCUUGAAUAUCUGUGUGCGUAUGAAAUGCGAUCAUAUUUUGCACUGUGACUGGACCAAACCAAACAAUUUCAACAGAUAAUAUAAGUCUCAGUAGCGCUCACGGAUGUUGUGCAUAAAGAAUUGAAUAAAUCUUAUUAUUUUCCUAGUUAAUUCGCUACUAACAUCUCAAUCCUCCUACCCCAUUCCAACUUCCUCCUUGAACGACGUCAUAUCCUAGGCGUAAAGUGCAUUUUUGUUUCGUUUGGCUUCAUAUUUUAAACAUAGAAAGCACUAGAUUUAAAAAAAAAAUCAUGCAAUCUUCCUUUUUCCACUGACAUCAAGUUUGAAACCUUAAUGAGACACCUACAUCAAGUUUGAUACCCUAGUGAGACAUCUACAUCAAGUUUGAUACCCUAGUGAGACAUCUACCUUCCUGUUCCUGUCAGUUACAAGCAAAUGAAAUUAAUGUCUCUUCUUAAUUCGAUUUUCGUAAUUGGUUUACUUAUGAAAUAAGAUUCGGUUGACGCAUGAUACUAUGUACGGUGUUUGUAAAAUCUUGAUUCCAUCGAUUCAAUUGUGAUUGAUGUAUUAAAAUGUGAUCCUAAUAAUGA